UAAUUACUAAAUGUACCACACCGCACCACUUCUCUUCUUCACUGCUCUCUACCCACUCUUGCAUUUCAUUCCUCAUCUCAUUACACCAUUUUUUCCGUGCCUGCUUGCUUGUCCGCGACUCACACCCCCCAGCAUUCGGCGCCGGCGGAGGUGCAGAUUACUAAGGUGGAGGAGAAGGGCGGACCUGGAGGCGGAGGAGGAGGGAAAUGAAAGGUGGAGGCGGGGUUUAUCCCGGGAAAAGGCGAUGGAAGUGUCUGGUUAUAGGCGUGCUUUUCCUCGUUGUCUUUUCCAUGCUUGUUCCUCUGGUCUUCUUGCUCGGCCUUUACAACGGCUUUCACUCUUCUGGCUACGUCUCUGAUCGGUCAAGUUCUAGUUCUGAUUCGGGUUCAAAUGGUGCUAGAGCUGAUCACAGCAAUUCUCUGACCCAUUAUAAGAGGGACCAAUCAAAAAUACGGGAAAUUAUAGAUCAUUUCGGGCCAACCCUUCCAAAUCUAGAGGAUGCCUUAAGAAAUCAUACAAAUGAAGCAAGAAAUGUAAGUAGCACUACAGAUGUAAAGCAUGAUGGCCAACAACAACAGAAAGGUCUUCUUGAGCUCAUUUUCUUAAAGUGUUGUUUAGAUAAUUGUUGCCCAUCAGUUGGAAAUAAUGAUAAAGCUGGUGCUGCAGAAGUAAUUGAAUCCACUAAAAAUGUAGUCGAGGACACCGAAAAUUUAUGUGAGCUGAGAUUUGGCAGUUAUUGCAAAUGGCGUGAGGAACAUAGAGAAGAUAUGAAGGAUUCUAUGAUCAAAAAAUUAAAGGACCAGCUUUUUGUUGCUAGAGCAUAUUUUCCAAGCAUUGCUAAACUUCCAGCACAAAACAAGUUAUCUCAAGAAUUGAAACAAAAUAUUCAAGAAUUUGAGCGUAUUCUUAGCGAAAGUACAACAGAUACUGAUCUUCCAUCACAAAUUGAGAAGAAGUUACAGAAGAUGGAGCUUGCAACAGCCAAAGCUAGAACAUUCCCUGUGGAAUGUCAUAAUGUUGACAAGAAACUGAGACAAAUACUUGAUAUGACUGAGGAUGAAGCUAACUUUCACAUGAGGCAGAGUGCAUUCCUCUAUCAGCUUGCAGUUCAAACCAUGCCAAAGAGUCUUCACUGUCUGUCCAUGAAACUGACUGUUGAAUAUUUCAAUUCUUCUUUACAUGAUAUGCGACCCUCUCCAUCUGAGAAAUUUUCAGACCCUACAUUGCAUCACUAUGUUAUAUUCUCCAAUAAUAUACUUGCAUCUUCGGUUGUUAUCAACUCAACUGUUACACAUACGCGAGAUAGUGGCAAUCUGGUUUUUCAUGUGCUGACAGAUGAACAAAAUUAUUUUGCAAUGAAGUUGUGGUUCUUCAGGAAUACUUAUAGAGAAGCCUCCAUUCAAGUGUUGAACAUUGAACAUCUUGACCUAGACUAUCAUGAUAAAGCAGCUUUGUUAAGCAUGUUCUUGCCUGUGGAAUUUCAUGUUUCUUUUCUUGGUGUUGAUAGUCCAUCUGCAACUCAUUUAAAAACAGAAUACAUAUCUGUUUUUUCUCAUGCUCACUAUCUUCUUCCAUAUAUAUUCCAAAACUUGAAGAAAGUUGUGGUUCUGGAUGAUGAUGUUGUCGUGCAGCGAGAUUUGUCUGAUUUAUGGAAUCUCAACAUGGGAGGGAAAGUAAAUGGUGCUUUGCAAUUGUGUUCAGUGCGGUUGAGUCAGCUCAGCAGUUAUUUGGGUGAAAAUAGCUUUGAUAAAAAUUCUUGUGUUUGGAUGUCUGGAUUAAAUGUAAUUGAUCUUGCCAGGUGGAGAGAGCUGGAUCUUACUGAAACUUAUCGGAAACUGGGACAACAGGUUAGCAAGCUGAUAGAAUCAAUUGAAGCUUCUGCACUGAGUGCAAGCUUGCUUACCUUUCAGGACCAAAUAUAUGCACUUGAUAAUGUGUGGGCUUUGUCGGGAAUGGGUUAUGAUUAUGGGCUUGAUGUGAAAGUCAUUAAGAAUGCUGCAAUAUUGCACUAUAAUGGAAAAAUGAAACCCUGGCUGGAGCUAGGAAUCCCUAAGUAUAGACGUUAUUGGAGUAGUUUUCUGAACCGAGAUGAUCAUUUCUUGGGGGAGUGCAAUGUAAAUUAAUGACAGUCAGUUGUCGGGUUGCCAUGUUUUCUGGAAAAUAUAGGCUUGAGAAGCAUGUGUAAAUGGUUAUUUUUUUGGUGCUGAGGAUUUUUCUGAGCUGGGUUAUGAAAGGGCAGCCGGUGACAGAUUAUACCCUUCUGAUUUUUUGGUAAAUAAAAAAAAAAGUCGAAUAUUUUCUAUUUUCUAUUUUCUAACAAAGCAGAAGGGAACGGAUACUUUUGGGAUGGCUACAGUUGCCAGGCCUGGAGGAUUGGCUGUAUGAAAUGUGAUUUUAUUGGUUCAAGGAGUGAGAGGAAGCAACUUAAUUCUCUACUUCUUAUUUUGGUAAAAUCUGAUUGACAAUAACAACAAUCAUGUGCAAGGAAAAGGUACGCCUUUACGUUUAUAUGAAGGCCUUUACGUUUAUAUGAAGAAGUUUGAAUUACCAUUCGUGAUGUAAAUGAUGGAUUAGAAGGUAUGUAGUCUUUUGAUUGUCAUACUAAGUCAAUUCUUUUCCUGAGGUUUCUAUUAUUUGAAUCGGAACUACAAUUUUUUUUUUUCUUUAAUGAUAAAGUCAGUAGCUAAUUUUUACAUUUUGUAUGAAACUAAUGAUGAGUUUCUUCUUUUAUCAAUUGAAUUAGUAUAUUUUCCUGAAAA